ACCGCCAGGAAGAUGACUUUCUACGAUGACAUUUACCCAUUCUACCCGCUACAAAGGACCUCCUUCAUCUUCAGCGGCGCCCUGCUCACCAUUAUCCUGGUGUUCCUGGUGCUGCUCACCAGUCUCCUCCUCAUCCUGCCAGGCAUCCGAGGCAAGGCGAGGUACCUGUGGAUGGUUCGUAUCAUCAUCAGCCUGUACAUCGGCGCUGUGAUAGUGGCGCUGAACUUCACUAAUGACUGGGCUGAGGGCUGGACGACCACUAAUGCCACCUAUAAGUCCUUCAGCAACGCCGUCGUGGAUGCUGAAAUCGGUCUGCAUGUCGGGCUCUACGGCAUCAACGUUACCCUCCGCGGAAACCCUGUGAUGCAACUCAACGAGACCAUCGACUACAACGAGAUGUUCAGCUGGCAGGACUCCCUGGAGGAGGAGUACCAAGAAGCCCUGGAGAGAGGCCUGCCAAACCCCAUCCUGUACAUCGCAGAGAAGUUCACGCUCAACAGCGCCUGCGGCCUCAUCUUCCAGUACAGAUACUCUGGACGAUACGCCUCCGCCACGCUCUGGACGGCUUUCUGCUGCUGGCUGGUGGCCAACAUCCUGCUCUCCAUGCCCGUUCUCCUGUACGCCGGCUACAUGAUGCUGGCCACGGCCGCCUUCAUCUUCUUCUCCAUGGCCUCCUUCUCCACCAUAAUGAAUCUGCCCAAGUGCGCCUUCUCCAUAGGGGCGGGCACCUUCGUCACAGAGUACAGCCAUUCCUUCUGGCUGGCGCUAGCCACAGGUGUGCUGUGUGCGGUCAUUGGCAUGGCGGUGGUGCUGUUUGACUGCUUGAUACCAGAGAAGAUGAAGCAAGCCUUCAGCAUAGCCGUGGAAAGUGAGGAAGAGGAGGACGCGUACUCGGAGACGGGUUACCUGAACUCGGUGUUCCUGGAGGAAGUGCCCGUAUCAGUAAUCACCCUAGCUAAUGUAUGA